UUGGUUCAAAAUUUCUUUACAGAUUUUGCCGGGUUUCUUUUCAGCAUUGUUUUGUUUACUUUCGAAAAUUAAUUGCCGGCUGCCAAGAUGAUGCAUCUGGAGCGGUAUGUGACGAAGAUAAAGCCUGCGGUGGAGGGAUUCAUCAAAGAGCCCAGCAAGGACACACUGUCGUUAGUGGAGCGCGAAAUCGAGGGAUUCAACUUUGGAGAAAUGCGCAUUUACCAGGUCCAAACGGUAGUACCACUGGUUCUCAAACUGGACGAGCUUACCGGGGAAAACCAGGAACUGCGUACCACCUUGAUGAACUGUCUAAGCCGCAUUAUCUCUCAAACAUACCUGGUGGAUGAAAAGGGCCUGCGUUCCAUCCUUGUGGUGGUGCUGCAACAGGUUCGCGAACCCAAGACGGCUGUCAUGCGACCAAAUCUUUCCGAAGAAAUCAAACUGGCUGCAAUUCAGUGCAUAUUCGAGGCACUGCGUCGUUCAACCACCGAUGUUAUAGAGUCUUUCUACGUUAAGGAGACAGCGAUGGUUGUUGGUCAGAUACUGAUUAUGCUCCUAGAGAUUAUUGAGCAGGAAAAGUAUCGAAAACUAGUACAAUCAGCCAUUGAGUGUCUUAUGCUAGCGUUCUACGUUCACGACGAUUCCGAUCACGUCGAUGUGGUGCUGCGCGCCCAGGUAGCAAAUACCAUUUUCAUUUUCUUACCCAAGGUGCUUAUUGUUCUGUUUAAAACAUCACUAAAAGAUGAAAAGGUCGGCGAGACCAUUAAAUCGUUGGCCAUUAAAGCCCUCGGACGUAUCAUUUGCAUCAUGUUUGAGGAAACCACUGAAGAGUUCAUGAAAAUGCGAUACGAUGUAGAUGCAUUUCGAAAACUAUUCAAAAACUCCAGGGACAAUCUCGCUGAGCAAUGUGAUUUCACCUUUUUCGGCAGCAAAAAGGCCACCACCGAACAGAAUGAAGAGCGGCUGCAUCAAAUGCAAACGGAACUUCGAUCGAUUCAGUGGGUGGCGGCCACGUCGCGACGACUCCGCCCCAUUUUCGUAGAGACCAGUAUUCUACGGGCACACACUGCGCUUAGGGUUAGAGAAAGCUACUCCGAUAUGUGCUGCCUACUACUUAAGCAUUGUGCCCACAAUUUGAGAGGAAACUUUGUCCAUGUACUGGAAAGCGUACUGGCUCUGUCUGAGGACGAAAACGAAAAAAUAGCCCUGCGGUGUAGAGAAACUUUGGUUACUUUGCAGCAACAGCCCAGCAGCCAGGGUAUAUUCGAUGAGAAUGCUGAAAUGCUGCUGGAUGCGCACCUAAACAAAUGGCCACGCAUCCUGCACCGAUGCGAGGAUAAUGAACAGUUCGCAGAGCUACUUUUUUUCAAAGGCUUCCUACGCAACAUCAAUACUGAUAAAUUGCAGUUGUUAUUGCUGGUUCCCAAAAAUCUAGAGAUGUUCGUCACCUGUCUGCUUACAGCUCUAGACCAACGAACCACAAGGGACCUACUAAACGAGGAAUAUUCCCUCCGUCGCAUUCGAGUAGGGGAUUCUAAAGGCUUAGCCGCCGAACUGGCCAAGCUGCCAUGGCGACAGUUCAAACAUCUCGCAUCAAAGCGCACCGUAGACAUCCUAUAUGACAUUGCAGCUCUUUUAGGGGCUCAGCCAUCUUUAAAUCGUCUCAUUUUCGAUUACUGUCAAGAACUUAUCCAGCAACGGUCGUCUUCUAUGAACGAGUGUGUACUACUUCUUACUCUGAUGGUCACGCCUCAGGAGAAAACGGCUCGGGAAAGUCGGUUGGUGCUUGCUAAUCUACUGCUGCACCAGAUCCUUCGGGACGAGCAUUGGAACCUAGCACUUCAGCCGGACUCGGCGUGGCGCCUGAAGGUUCACAAGCCCACCUAUUGGUUCGAGGAACGUACUCCUGGUCUUUAUUCAUCGGCAGUGGAAGUGCGAACCCAAGACUGCGAUUCAGACGAUGAGCAGACGGAGGUUGUUGCAAAUCGGGUAACCAUAGCAGACGCUCAGUUUAAUGUUCUGCACACCUGCUUAAUAUUAGAUGCAGUGGGGCACUGUGCCAAGUUUAUUGGGGAUACCUUUGACAGACAUAUAUUUUCGAGUCUGCAUAAAGUGCUCCUUAAAGUAGCGAGCAGUAACACUAUUGUUCAUCAGGCGGCCAGUUUCGCGUUCGUUUCCAUGCAGUUAGCUCUUAGAUACGCGGAACCUUCACAUUUUAUCGAGUGCUCGACGGACUACAUUUCUUUCCACCUUAAUGCGUUGCUAAAACGGUCGCCGGAGAGUACCGCAGCCGUGGACAUUCUAACCGUCGUCCUGCAGUAUAGCACUCGGGGUAAUGUGCCCCACUUGGACAGCUUAUUCCAAACCAUACGCGAGGAGUGCUCCAAAACACAUCAGUCGUCCAAUGUGCACUCUUAUUUACGCGUCUUUAAAGCAUUCCUAAAUCAUGUGACUAAAUGGCAAGUAGAUGCAGCGGUAGAGGUUAAUGCAGAGCUGCCGAUGCAAGUGGAUGAGGAGCAAAGUGUGCUGAAUACGUGGAUGAGUGUACUUAAUAAACCGCAGAUUUUAGAAGAUCUAAAUGGCGACGCAGAAAUGACAGAAGACCCAGCGAAAGAUGACACCGAAGAUGAUGAUGACACAGAACCGAAACCCACAAAACCUGUUUUACCACGCCACGUGGAAAUGGUUAAGGAUAUAUUAGGUCAAGUAAUUAAAUUUAUCUCCACCGCUGACCAGGGCCAGCAGAUCGCAGCUCUUGAAUGCUUCUCCAGUGGCUUGCCAUUGCUGGCAGACUAUGAGGACGAGCUCUUACCAUUGGUGCAUCUAGUGUGGCAACCGCUCGUAGAAAAGUUCCGGCAAAAAGACGCACUGGUAAUAAAUCGUUGUUUCACGUUAUUGCACUUGCUGGGCGUCCACGCCAAAGACUUUAUUUUUAAACGAAGCCUUAGCGAUGUGAUACCUCAAUUGAAGCAGUUCCUCAAAGCGGCUAGCGUGCACAGCAGUAUGGAAACCUCCCAAGUCAAGACUCAGGAGUACAAACUACAGCUAAAGCUCCUUCAGAGCCUGGCGGACUUUAUACUCGGCUUGCAGAUAGACGGAAAACAUCUGCACGAGCUGAUGAGCACUGUUGUGCUUUACCUGUCGCAGGCACAGCCGCAAGAUCUACAAACGCCUGCUAGGGAGUUUUUCCUUAAGCUGGUUCCAUAUAAUGGACCAUUUGUCUAUGUGACGCUACUGCAGCGUGCACAUCUAAAGGAUUACCAGGCUAACGUUAGCCAGAUUUUCGGCUGCAUGGGCUUCGAAAUAGGUAGUGGACUCGACCUUGAUUAAUAAAGAACAGACCGUGUUUAUUAUUUCACAA